AUGCCGCCGAAACAAACACAAAAGACAUCGAAUUCGAAAGCUUCCAACAAGUCAACCAAGACAAUGAGCAACAACAACAGCAACCAAGCCCCGCAAGGCAUCUCGGAACAUGAGAUCAAACAGAACUCGGGCGUCUCUGCCACCAUGGCCUUGCAAGCGACACAAAAAGCAUGGGAACUGAGACAAGCAGCCAUGGGAGCCGGCGACGCCGAAGCACGAGAAGCGACCCUUGCCAAAGCCAUCGACAAAGAGAUUGAAGCCGAGUCUUUUGGCAAAGCUGCAAAGUACACACAAACAGGUGCUUUCCAAGGACUCGCUGCUGGUGCGGGCUUGGGUGUUCAACCAGGAGUCACGAUUGGAAAGGUCACGGGAGCCAUUGUCGGUGGCACGGUUUCGACAGUCACUGGCUUGCUCGGCGCUGGUGUCGGAUCCGUGUAUGGUGCCAUGCACGGCAAGAUUUGGGAUUUGGGAGAGAUGGCGAGUCAUGGCGUUCAAGGUGUCGUCGGCGACUUUCUGCCAGACUGGAAGUCGACACCGGCGCAAAAGAAAGCUUUGGACAAGAUGGUCAUGCAGACAAAGGAGACUCAGGCACCCAGCAAAGAAGAGUUGGAGAAGAUGAAAAACGACAUGCCCGAUCAAGCGCCUUCAUCUUGGUCACAGUCGGCGAAAGAUAUGACUAGCUAUUUGCCGGGCAUGCCUUCAAUACCUUCAAUGCCCAAUGUGCCCUCCAUGGCACAAGCAGGUUCUGCUGUAGGACUAGGAGGCUUAGGAGCAUCCUUGGGCAUGGGAGGCGGUGGUGGUGAUCAAGCCAACACCCAGCACCAAAAGGCAGCUCCCCAACAACCCAAAAAGCGAAGCCAAUCCCAGCCAAAGCAAAGCGAGCAAGCGCCAAAGCAACAAAAGACGUCAAACACACAACAACAGCAAGCCUCCAACAUAGCAGCACCCAAGCAAGCUCCCAAGCCAAAAGAGGCGCCCAAGCCCAAAGAAGCUCCGACAGCAAAUACACCGUCCCAACCUAGUCAGGCAACAAAGCCGAACACUACAUCCACCAAACCAACCACAAGAUCAUCAUCGCACAAGCAGGCUUCAUCAACCACAUCAAACAACAAUACAACCCAGACACCCAAACCGGCAGCGAAAGCUCAACAAGCCACUGCUAGUAAACCCGCCGCCUCUCAUCCCUCUACCACUACAUCCGUGCCCGAGAAAAAGAAACCGAGAAAAUUGAACACUGCAGCAAAGAGCAACAAUGGAGCUGCGCAACAAGCCAAACCAGCAGCAGCAUCAGCGCCAACCAAACGCGCGCCGAGAAAACUAGAAACUCGCAAACCUGCUGCUACUGCUGCAUAA